GCGGGCGCAGCGCGGAGCCGGGCGCGCCCGGGCGCGGAGGAGCCGCCGAGCGAGCGCAGUGUUCCCAGGCUUCCCGCUGUGCCCGGAGCAGGAGGAGUCUCUCGGAGCACGAGGCCUGAGGGGACUGAACCCCUCCAAGCCGUGCCAGGAGGGGGGGUGGUGGCCUGACGUGUCCCCCCAGCCAUGAGCCGCCGCGUGGUGCGCCAGAGCAAGUUCCGGCACGUCUUCGGGCAGCCGGUGAAGGCAGACCAGAUGUACGAGGACAUCCGUGUCUCCAAGGUGACAUGUGACAGCUCCUUCUGUGCUGUCAACCCCAAGUUUGUGGCCAUCAUUGUGGAGUCCGGUGGUGGCGGGGCCUUCAUUGUCCUGCCCCUUGCCAAGACAGGACGGGUGGACAAGAACCACCCACUGGUGACGGGACACACGGCGCCAGUGCUGGACAUCGACUGGUGUCCCCACAACGACAACGUCAUCGCCAGCGCCUCGGAGGACACCACUGUCAUGGUGUGGCAGAUCCCCGACUAUGUCCCCGUGCGCAACAUCACGGAGCCCGUGGUGACACUGGAGGGACACUCCAAGCGGGUGAGCAUCAUCUCCUGGCACCCCACCGCCCUCAACGUCCUGCUCAGCGCAGGCUGCGACAACCUGGUGAUCCUCUGGAAUGUGGGCACUGGGGAGAUGCUGCUGGCUCUGGAUGACAUGCACACCGACCUCAUCUACAACGUGGGCUGGAACCGCAACGGCAGCCUGCUGGUCACCACGUGCAAGGACAAGAAGGUCCGAGUCAUCGACCCCCGCAAGCAGCAGAUCAUAGCGGAGAAAACCAAACCGCACGACGGCACCCGGCCCAUCCGCGCCAUCUUCGUGGCCGAUGGCAAGAUCUUCACCACGGGCUUCAGCAGGAUGAGCGAGCGGCAGCUGGGCCUCUGGGACCUGAAUAACUUUGAGGAGCCCAUUGCCCUGCAAGAGAUGGACACGAGCAACGGGGUCCUGCUACCCUUCUACGACGCCGAUUCCAGCAUUGUCUACCUCUGUGGGAAGGGUGACAGCAGCAUCCGGUACUUCGAGAUCACAGACGAGGCGCCCUACGUGCACUACCUGAACACCUACAGCAGCAAGGAGCCCCAGCGGGUCAUGGGCUUCAUGCCCAAGCGUGGGCUGGAUGUCAGCAAGUGUGAGAUCGCCAGGUUCUUCAAGCUGCAUGAGCGCAAGUGCGAGCCCAUUGUCAUGACGGUGCCACGCAAGUCAGACCUCUUCCAGGAUGACCUUUACCCCGACACGCCAGGCCCCGAGCCCCUGGAGGCGGAUGAGUGGCUGUCGGGGAAGGACGCAGAGCCCAUCCUCAUCUCGCUGCGGGAUGGGUACGUCCCCAUCAAGAACCGGGAGCUGAAGGUGGUCAAGAAGAACAUCCUGGACAGCAAACCCCCGCCAGGCCCCCGACGCAGGCACUCCACCUGCGACUCAGACUUCUCUCAGCCAGCCUUGGAGGAGGUGCUGGAGGAGAUCCGUGCCCUGAAGGAGACGGUCCAAGCGCAGGAGAAGCGCAUCUCCGACCUGGAGAACAAACUCGGCCAGUUCACCAACGGCACGGACUAGCACGGUGGCCACAGCAGGGCCAGGACUGCCCCGGCCUGCCGGGGAUUAAAGCCGAGUCCCCAGCUUGGGCAGAAGCCCGGAGCCGAGUUCUUUCCCCAGGAGCCGAGGGG